AUGUGGGAGAAACCAAUUCAUUGCUAUGUCUUCGUCAAUGGCCCUCAGUAUGAGGUGUCGAUAUCCCUGACCAACAAAAAUAAGCCCUUUGGUAAAGAUGUAAUUGUCUACAAGAUGGCUGAUCAAGCGGGUACAUGGCAAGCUGGCCUAUUUGUUGCGACGCCGACCUUCCAACGGACCACCAAAGGCCCCUGGGCAAACAAUCGAAUGGUCCUGGAUAGUAGCAACAUCAGUGGUCUUUUCGAGACGGUCGGAAAGCUCCAGCUGGUGGUCAAAGUAAAUGGGACCGAGUGUUGCUUCGAGUGGCAGGAGGUCGACUCCCUCUGGGGUGGUUUGGGCAGCGGGACCAUGAAAGAUGUAGGCUUUCAAAAGACAACUAUCUUCGAAAACCACAUGGUUCAGUUCACCCUGUAUGAUGCGGGCCCGGGCCUAGCAGGUCUACCAAGGUCACAUCAAUUAAAUGUCACCGUCGCCCCCAAACGCUCGAACUGGAUGGGAGAUGUUGCUCCUUCAGGCUCACCCCAAGAGCAGAAGUCUUUCCGCAAAUUUGUGCUCCCAUGUGCGCAUGACUGUGGCAUCUUCUCGAUGGAAACUGUCCAGAAACUUGCUGGACUCAGCAUGGAUAAAUGGUCCAUGAUUCAGGAAGCAGUCUUUCCCCUGACUCCGCAAUACCUCCAGCCAUUCCGCGCCCUCUCGCCCGGGCUGAUCCUUAAAGUGGUCGAAGCCUUGUCCCGAACUCAAAAGGACGACAUCAAGACUCAGUUGGCCUUGGGGGCGCGCUACUUCGAGUUUCGCGCAUCCAAGAUUCCAUCGUGCCCCCCCUGGCUCAGUGACGAGUAUUAUUUCCACCACAACAUGAUUCCCGGAGUUCCUCUGAAAACCUUCUUCCACGACGUGGUCGAGUUUCUCGGAGAGAAUGAACAAGAGAUUGUGGUAAUUCGUCUCGAAUUCAAUCACUACAGCAAGUCGCAUCCUGACAAGGACUUUGUCAGAAGGCUGCUCGAUUCGGAGCUGCAGGCCUCGAUUGCCAACGGCAACCAACUCAAGACCAUCUCUUUCCCGCCCGAAGAGAGGACGAUUGCUGAGCUGCGAUCUAACGACGAGCGCCUCAUCUUCUUCUUCAAUGAUGAACCAGAUGCGCAGCCCUACGAUAAUUAUUCAAGCGAUCGCCACGCAGAUCUGAAAGGCGAUCGGAUAAUCGCAGAAUUUGAGACGUAUGACAUCGAGGAACAGACGAGAGCCACCAACCCCACUCAAUUCACCAUUUUCCAAUGUCAGGGGACUGCUUCAGAGAAUAACGAUGUCGUUGCGAACACGGUCAUCACCGGCGGGAACAAGUGCCUUCUCGCGACCAAAGCGAUUUGCGAUGCAAAGACAUUGCCCUGGCUGACGACAAAGGCCCUGGAUCGCCUUGCAGACGAUCAUCUGGGCGUGAUAAUGAACGACUUUUUCGAUUUGGCCACGUCGGAUGUGGCGAAUCUACUGAGCACGCUGAGAUUGUUGGAUCAGGACUCACACUUCAAUUUCUUCCCUUAUGAGGGCGAACCAAAGCCAAAAUUGACCAUCGAGGCAGCCUACUGGGCGGACUUGAAUGUGAAGCCAAACAUGACGAGGUCCAUCUCGGGUGACGGCACCAUGCUGACCGUAGAUACCGGUAACCUAAACAUCACAGACCCCUGGCCUUUGACCAAAAAGACACUGUGCAUUCUGUACUCGUACUCCAGUUCCACGGAUGUAUCCCUCCUCAUCACCACAGAGAACAAUGGCAGUACCAACAUCACGCCAACGGUGGGCCCUGGGUCUGCCAACGCCACCGGAUUCUACCUCGUUGACACCUUCGACAAACGUCCCGGACAGAAGCUGUACAUAGUCGCAGUCGUCUACGGAUUCAAACUGGUUGAGAGUGACACUGUGCACGACAGGAUCCAAAAAACAGUCGAGGAUGGGCAGCCAAUUAUUGUCACGGACGAGUUUUUCGAAAGCGACGGAUUUCUCUCAUACACCAAGACGUGCUACAUCUUCUAUCGUACGACGAUAGAGGGACCAAUCAAGGCCGCCGUCGCGAAGCAGUACACUGCGCUGACGAUCUCGCUCUAA